CUUCAGCCCUUCAAAUUUGAAGUUUUCCUCCUAACUUUACAGUCAUCUUGGAUCAGCGCGUACAAGCAGCAUGGCUCGGACCAAGUGCUGGAUUCUUUGCGCCGUUGCGCUCGCCUGUCUCGCCCGUCAUGGGUCUUGCACAAGACACAGAGAGCACAAAGCACAAUCUGAGCACCUCAUCUUCAAUGAGUUGUGUGCCCUGAAAGCCGAUGUGGGUCCAUGCAAGGCCAUCAAGCACAGGUUCUUCUUCGACGUAGAUUCCGGACAAUGUGAGCCGUUUGAAUAUGGUGGCUGCAGGGGCAACGAGAACAACUUCGAGACCUUGGAGAUGUGUCAAGAAACAUGUGUAUUCUCAGCUGACAAGAACCCAUGCCAUUUACCAGAGGCUCCUGGCCCCUGUCGGGGGCUUCUGAAACGCUUCUUCUUUGACACCAGCAGUCAGCAGUGCAAGCAAUUCUAUUACGGCGGCUGCUUUGGAAAUCCCAACAACUUCAGGAGCAUCAGUGACUGCAAGGCGAGAUGUGAAGACCCAGUACAAUCUACAGCAGCACCAGAGGUCCACACACAGUCUGCCCAGUUUGUGCAGACAACCGUCUUAACUGGGGAACUGAUUGUCAGCGAACCUGUGAUGCCACUGAAUGUCACUGAUGAAAAGAGAAAUGAUGUGAGUCAUCCGGACAUUUGCUUGAGUCCUAUCGACAGGGGGACAUGUGACGGCAUAGAGAAGAGAUAUGCAUACAACCCCAAAACCAAGAGGUGCCACAAGUUUUUCUACAGCGGCUGCGGGGGAAACGCCAACAACUUCUUGAACCGCAAAGACUGCUUUCUAAAGUGCAUCAGAAUCAAAAGGGGUCAUGGGAUGGGGUUGAUCCGAAUAAAGAAGAAAAACAUCGACAGCCUCUUAAACCGCUCUGUCUGAACAUUCAGCUCUGCAUGACAUCCUGCACUGCUACUGUGUACUCACAUAUAUUUAUGUCUUUUUUAUAUUUUUGGCUUUACUUGUAUCUCUCGCUUCGUGCUGCAAAAUAUUUCAAAUCAAGUUGGCUUUAACGUACCAUCUCUUUCCCACAUAUAAAAUUACUUCAGCUCUUGUAAUUCAGUCCAGAUGUGCAGUAUGUGUUUAAAUUUAGCAAAGGUUUGUUCAGGAAUCAUCCAUCCACCCUUAAUCCUUUGAUGCCUAAUGUCCACUUCAGUGGACAGCUAUUUAAAGGCUGUUUUCUAGUAUAUGCAUGGGUGUGGAUGGCAUACUUGCACAUUGCAUAAUGUGGCACAUUUAUCUUGAUACUAUUAAAAACAGCUUCAUAUCAACUGUUUAUACAAUAACUGAUGCUUUUGUUAGUUUUAAGUAAUGGUUUUGGUAAAGCUUUGCAAUUGUUAAUCACUGUGAACAGAAUAACCAGAUCAACGUGGUGGAUGGCUCUUAUUUCAGGAAGAAUUAAACAAUUUAUUUCUCUUCUAUUCUGUCAGACUUUUUUAUAUACUAUAUAUAUAUUUUUAUAUAUUAUAUACUUUAUAUAUAAAUAUAUAAAUAUAUAUUCAAACCAAUAAAAAGAAGGAGAAUCAAUAGAUAUUGCUGUGGCAUUAUUGCGUUGUUUUAAAAAAGAACACAAGAGGGUGGUGUUGCCUAAGAAAGACGGUUAGUGGUGGUUCUUCGUCUGCACGGCCUUUAGUCUUCUUUUAUUACCAUGACUGUAAAGGACUGAUGGGUACAAGUCUUCAUUAAUAAACAGCUACAAUCCUCA